AUGGCGGGAAGCGGGUUGCUAGUGUCGGUGCGGAGAAAGAGUUGGGCCUGGGCCUCCAUCUCCUUCAAGCCCGCCGCGAUGCUCUCCUCCCGAAGGAUCGAGAGAUCGCCACGGAGGAUCCCAGUUUUUAGGCGGAAGACAACUCUUUCUUUUCUUAAUCGACCAGACCUUCCAAAUCUGGCUUAUAAGAGGCUAAAAGGCAAAACCCCAGGUGUUAUUUUCAUCCCAGGCUAUCUUUCUACUAUGAAUGGAACAAAAGCAGUGGCAGUUGAAGAGUUUUGCAAAUCUCUAGGUCAUUCCUAUAUAAGAUUUGAUUAUGCAGGAUGUGGAAGUUCAGAUGGCAAUUUCCAAGAAUGUACAUUGGGGAAAUGGAGGAAAGAUGUUCUCUCUGUAAUUGAUGACAUAGCAGAAGGACCUCAGAUACUGGUUGGAUCUAGCAUGGGUGGUUGGCUAAUGCUUCAUGCUGCAAUUGCACGCCCCGAAAAGGUAGUGGCUCUCAUUGGUAUAGCUACAGCAGCAGAUACCUUGGUAUCACAGUUUAAUCAACUCUCCUUUGAGGCAAAAAAAGAAGUAGAAGUGAAUGGUACAUGGAAGAUACCAUCGAAAUACAGUGAAGAUGGACAUUAUCUCUUUAAGUACAGUUUCAUUAAAGAGGCAGAACUCCACUGCUUGUUACACAGCCCUAUCCCUGUGAAAUGCCCUGUAAGAUUGCUCCAUGGCAUGAAGGAUGAUGUCAUUCCUUGGCAUACUUCCAUGCAAGUUGCUGACCGAGUGAUCAGCAAAGAUGUAGAUGUCAUCCUCCGUAAAAAUGGUGAUCAUCGAAUGAAGGAGAAGGAGGACAUUAAACUUCUGGUGUGCACCAUCGAUGAUUUAAUUGAUAAGCUUUCCACCGUAACUUGAGUUCACAGUGGCACAGGUAUACACUUUAUUGUGUGGUCGACCAAAAUCCUAUUUUUAAUUGAAAUGGCAGACUGAUGAAUCAGGAAGGCUGUAAGGAGUGACAAAUGAAAAGUACUGGGCUUUUAAGUUUUUUUCUCUUACCCCUCCAUAUUAUAAAUAUCGAAUGAGUAUCUUCUCAAUGCUACAUUUGCACAGAUGGUAGAAAUUGUGAAUAAAGUGUAGGUUGCUUUUGGAAACCUUUUUCUCUUCCAUCCUAGACUUUUUUCAUUAGUGUUUCUGAUACCUUUUUUUAACCAAGAAAAUGUUUGUGUUGUUAUGCCUCAUUACCUUGAAUUAUAAAAUAAAGCUUAGUUUCUCACUUAGGACCAUUAAAUAUGGAGAUUUGUGAACUAAUUGUAAUAGUUUUAUGUUCAGACUUGCAAAUUCACAAAAUGCACCAAAAUUGUUCAGUGGAAUUAAAAUUUGAAAAAGUAUGAAUAUAAUAAAAUUCAAAAUUUAAGAGGU